AUGGGUAUCAACAACCCUCUGCCGUCGUCACUGGCAGAACCUCGUGCCGUCAUAUCCGACCUGGCCGCGAAGCCGCCCAACACACAACAUCAUGCUGACCCUCUGUUUACCACUCCAGCCGAAUGCAAAAAGUGCGGCAAGAUCCUGACCUCGUUCGUCGACCCCCGCCAGGCCUUCUCGCCCGACAAGGUCAUCCCGCCCGAGAUUCUACAGAAUGCGAAAGGUCUCGCCAUCUUGACCGUCAUCAAGGCCGGUUUCCUCGGCUCAGCACGCUUCGGCUCCGGCUUGGUCGUCGCCCGCCUGGAGAAUGGAUCGUGGUCCGCCCCCAGCGCCAUCAUGACCGGAGGUGCCGGCUUCGGAGGCCAGAUCGGAUUCGAGUUGACCGACUUUGUCUUCAUCCUGAACGACCGGAAUGCGGUCAAGACAUUUGCCCAGGCCGGCUCCAUCACCCUCGGUGGAAAUGUGUCUAUCGCAGCGGGGCCUGUUGGUCGCAAUGCGGAAGCUGCUGGCGCGGCGUCGUUAAAGAGUGUGGCCGGAAUCUUCAGCUACAGCAAGACCAAGGGACUUUUCGCCGGUGUGUCUCUGGAGGGAUCCGCCAUUAUUGAGCGGAAGGAUGCAAAUGAGAAGCUGUACGGUCAACGGUUGAGCGCAAUGCAACUCCUCACCAGCUCCAACAUACCCCAUGAAGCCGCGCCGCUCAUGACGAUAUUAAACCGCCGCGAGUUUAUGGGCAUGGGAGGGACAGGUGUGGCGGCCGACGAGAGCAUGGGCACCCAAACGCCAGCCCAAACGCCAGCCCAAACGCCAGCCCAGGGGGGUUAUGAGGACCAAUACACCGCGCCCCAACGAGCCUCGACGUGGCAGGCAGGCACUGGCUACGGCGCCCAGCAGCAGCAGCAGCAGCAGCAGCAUCAAGAACACGCAGGGGCGUUUGCGCCGGAGAAAAAGGCCGGCCCCGGCAGGCCGGCAGCUCCCAAGCCAAACUACCAGAGCAAACAGGCCAUGGUGAAUAAGAACCAGGCGGUUGCCAUGUACAAUUUCGAGAGCGAUACCCCAGGCGACCUGACGUUCAAGAAGGGCGACGUCAUCACGAUUCUGAAGAAGACCGAGAACGAAACGGACUGGUGGACCGGCAUGAUUGGCACGAGGCAUGGUAUAUUCCCAAGCAAUUAUGUCAAAAUGACAUAG